AUCCACGAGCUUUCAUACCUGUGCCUGCAGAGGCUCUGUGUCGAAGGAGGGGCGGGGGGGUUAUGGUCACACUACAUACUGUUUCGGCUUUGCACAGUAAUGUAUUGGAAUGGAGCGGAUAUCUGAGUGAAGAGUUGUGGAAUAUUGUAAUUGCAAUGGAGCAGCUCAAGAAUGUGGGGACGUCUCAGAGUCAGGCUCCAUCGUCUGCAGUCUUGAUGCAGCAAUCGCUCAACAAGCUCACUGGCCAGGUGGAAUGGAUUGUUGUGCGUCAGGACGAUCCUGAGGAUGGCGAAGGACAGAACCACUUAUUUGGAAGUUCAGCUGAGGAGGUUUCAGAGGCACUCACCAUGACUACCUUUCUGGACAUGCUAAAUGACGCCCCGCGUAACCGUGCAUAUCGUUUGGCAAUUCAGAAGGCUGUGAAAGGCGCCCAUCACGUUCUCGACAUUGGGGCGGGGACAGGACUUCUUUCUAUGAUGGCAUGGCGUUCCAUGUGUGAAGAAGGCAGAAUCAGUGAAGAAAUGGGAUCAAUCACAGCCUGUGAGUCCUUCCUGCCCAUGUUCAAGCUUGCCCGAAAGGUUUUGCGAGCUAACAAAGUCGGAGCAGGUGUGCGUCUGAUUCAUAAACGGUCUGAUGAAAUGGAAGUGGGCAUUGACAUGCAUUGUCGUGCAGACGUUCUGAUCAGUGAAAUUCUCGAUUCAGAGCUUCUCGGUGAGGGUUUGAUACCCUCCCUGCGUCAUGCUCAUCAAAAUCUGCUCACGAAAAAUGCCCGCUGUGUGCCCCAUACAGCUACCGUCUACGCACAGCUUGUGGAGUGUGAGCAUUUGUGGAAGUGCCAUGACUUACCAGGAGUGGAGUCUCAAUUGGUUGAUGGCGUGGUUUUGGCUUCACGUGAUUAUAACCAGUUUCGGGGUAGAGCUGCUGCCAUGCAUGUGGAUCCCUUAGCGAGCGAAAUGCAGCUGCUUUCAGAACCAUUUGAAGUUUUCACGUUUGAGCUUUCCAAAGCUCCUGAUGAGUCUGGGCAACGUCAACAUAGUGUUCUCAUCACAAAUUCUGGGAGGGCACACGCACUUGUAUCUUGGUGGGUACUUCAGCUUGACAUUGAGGGUGAGAUAUUUUAUUCAACAGCGCCCAAUUGGAUAAAAAAUCCAUCAGCAAAUGUGAAAGCUGAAACUAUUCCUCAAACAGAAUGGUGUGAGCACUGGAAGCAGAUGGUGUGGAUCCUUCCAGGGAAGGGCUUGAUGUUGUACUCAGGGAACGAAGUUGUGGUUACAGCCAGCCAUGAUGCUGUUAGUGUUAGUUACAAUGUGACGGACCCUGUAGGGAGCUAUAUGCACAAGGAUGUAGUCCCUAAAGAUAACGUUGACUGCCCAGUGUUAUUUGAAGCGUCUAUGUCACCUGAUAGAAUUGGAAUUCUCGGACAUGAGCCGUGGCGAAGAUCUGUGAAAUCAGCUGUCGAAAUUGCUCUCCGAUGUCUAAAGACCUCAUUGUGUGUAGUCGUUGACGAUAGUUUGCUCGUGACCAUGAUGGCGGCCUCUGUUCGUGCAAAUGUCCAAGUGGUUGCUAUGUUUCCUGGGAGUGCUGUUGGUCAAGAAUAUGUGGAUGACAUCAGUAGGACCUUGGGACAGAACGUGGCUAACAUCAAAGUCAUGAACAAGAUAGCAACACCCUUAUCAUUAGAAGUUUUAGGGGUCCGCAAGAUUGAUUUGCUGAUGGCGGAGCCUUACUACACCUCAUGCAGCAGGAUGCUUCCGUGGCGGUUACUACGUUUUUGGUACGAGCGAACCCAGCUGUCACCACUCUUAUCUGACAACGUGAAGCUAGUCCCAUGCCGAGCUUCGUUGCGUGGCGUUGCUGUGCAUAUGCCAGACUUAUGGAAAAGCCGCCGGUUCAUCAAAGAUGUGGAAGGAUUUGACCAUAGGCUGGUAAAUAGUGUUUUUGGGGCCUGUGGAGAGCUACCAUCAUUACACGAGGUCCCCAUACUUCCGUUUGCUGUGUGGCAAUGCGGACGAUAUGAGGAGCUGACAGAUGUAUUCACUGUGAUUGAAUUCGACUUCUCGUAUCCACUACGAACUAUGGAAGGCGUCAUAGAGGCUGCAGUACAGAGAGCCGGUCAGUGCCAUGGGAUUGUCUUGUGGAUGGAUUGGAGUCUAGAUCCAGAAGGCAGUUAUGUACUAUCCACUGGACCAGCAGGUGGAAGACCGACAUAUUGGAAGCAAGGAGUGAAGCUUCUUCGCUCUCCUGUCGAGGUUGGUGUCAAAGGACUCCAGCUACAAUCGACCCUUUCACCAUCCGACUCUUCGAAUGAGCUACCAGUAAACAGCGUUGUGGAAGUAACAGGACAUUUUGAUUCUCGCACUGGGGAUCUCAAAGUGACCACAUUUUUUGCUUGAUCUUUAGCAUGUCAACAAAUUUUUAAGGAAUGGGAGAGUCGGAACCAAGUGGGUUGGUUGUAAACCUGAUGCUGGCCCUCAAUUUGUUUACCUCAGAAAAUAAGCACGGUAGUUUGAGGACAACUCCUGAUAUGACAACUCCAGAACUGCAACGUCAGCGAUGUAUUUCUCUCGCUGGACUCUUAUACCCGCCUGCACGUGUAAAAUCAUUUUAAAGACAAUUCACAAGUGUAUUAUAUUGUAUCACACAAGUAACACAUAGCUUACUUCAUAUAUUUAGUCCACGUUUGUUGUCA